AUGGAACGCGACACCCAAUCCUCCAAACACGCGCAGAACGAAACGCGACAUCCUGCGAACGUGCAGUCCGCGUCCAAUGGGAAAACGAAUGGAAAAUGUGUCGCGGCCUGGAACGCGACCCCUGGCCAAAAAGGUGAGAUCGCGAUGACUGGGAUCGAAGGGCGGAGAACCCGAACCGACCAAGCGGACUGGCGACAGCUUCGACCAGACCUCGGUUUCCCGCCCAUCCCGCGACAAGACCCUCACCCCCUUCUGGAAAAACAGCCGCUUCCCAAUGAACGGUGCGGCGAAAGGGAAUGUGGAAAGAGAGAGAGAAGCCAAGGGCCGGCCCGCACGGUGCGACAAAAAACCCGGCCAAACGAGGGCACGACCGCACCGUGCGAGGAUCGAGUCCGGGCGCACCGUGCAAUGGACGGGGGUCCGAGUGUGAAAACAAGAAAAUGGGUCGGCCCGCGAAUGGAGGGGCUGUGUCGCGGGGAGAAGAAGAGAGAGUGCGUCAUUCGCCCCCGAAUCCAUUGA